AUGGACCCCGACGCCAGUGCGCCCGCCGAUCCGGCGCCCGCCGUCUUCAACUACGUGCUCUCGUUCCUCCUGGUCGGCGUCGCGUGGGGCUUCACGACCCCGUUCAUCCGGCGCGCGGCAGCGGAUUUUAACGCGCGCCAGGAGAAAUUGAGUCGGGGGCCGGGGGCGACUACGGAUACACCGCGGACUACAUCUACAACCACUGGUUUGGAGGAGGAGCAGGAGUUGCUUGCCCGUGAUGAAGGAGAGGAGGAGGAGGAUGAGGAUGACAGGGCGGCUGCGUUGCAGCUUGGGGGUACAUCGGGACAGUCGUCGAGCGCCCGGCGGGAUCGUGCAGACGGUCACAACCCUAACAACGAUACCGAAGAUUCAGACGAACACAACGACGAAGAUAACACUCCCACGCCUGCAUGGAAGCGAUCCUCUUCAUCAUCCCGCUCCUGGCUACGCACCAAGAUCACCACCCUCUUCUGGACAGUGAUCAAUCUGCUGCGCACGCCGGCAUACUCGAUUCCGCUGGUGAUUAAUCUGACGGGGAGUAUUUGGUUUUUUCUGCUUGUUGGGAAACACGAGCUCUCACUCACUGUCCCACUGGCCAACUCCAGCGCGUUCCUAUUCACCGUUCUGGGGGAGUGGUACGUUGAGCGGAAGGUGAUUGCCCGGGAGACGUGGUUGGGGCUGUUUCUCGUGCUGGGUGGGAUUGCGUUGUGUGUUCAUUCGAAGAAUCAGACGACGGGGUAA